GUGCAAAACACACCAUAUGCAGCCAUUGAUCACAGAUACCUUAAUCAAUUACAAGUGACGUCAGUCUCGACGCUCCCUCGCGCUAAAUGAUCUGCUGGUCUUGUCUGUAUAGUCAGCCGCUUGACUUGGAGGAGGGACAGGAAAAUUCCUUUCUCUGUGGGAGACAUUAGCCCUGUGAUCUCAUGAAUAUAUUAUAGCGGGUCAUUGUGCAAUCAGGAAGGUACACUGGGCUGUCAGGUUACGGGCUGCCAAUGAACUGCUGUCCUGCUUUCAGACCACAGACUAGAAAGUCAUUUAAUUUGUCUAAGUUUAUUAAACACCAACAGAACGUCGAUUAUCUUAUAAGGCCUACUGCAAAAUAUUAUUAGUUACUAAUAGAUGAAUAGACUGACAAGUUUAAUGUGCAGGUGAAAAGGCUCAUUAAAAGGCAAUGCGAAUAGCUGGCUUUGGACGCUCGGUGAAGCAGUUCUGUUGUGUCCCAGCGGUGGCUCGGGUACGACGCAGGCGGCUAAUGUUGAGCUAAAGUGUCUGAUCGCCAAGUGGUCACAUCGUCUGGCAGCUGGAGCAGCCUGGGGGCUGCCUCUUAAAGCACAAGGGGUGCUCUGAUGAUCUCACCAUUCAUCAGAUGAACCACCUAAACUCCAUGAAACCCACCCUGCCUCCCACUCCACAAAGCAGUGACAGCCCAUUCCUGCAUGACCCAGUCUCCUGGCAACCAAGCGCCAAUCAGCACGCAGGAUCUCUCUCUGUAGUAACUACAGUGUGGGGCGUGACCAAUCCCACACGCGGCCAGGUACUUGGUGCACCUAUGGGUCCAGGUGAAAACUCCAGUGGUCACAUGAUGCCUGGUGGUAGCCUGGGUAUGGGUUCUGGCAUGGGUUCACAGUUUAUGGGCCAGCCAUCCUACAGUGAUGCAAUCUCUAAAGGCUACGGCCAACAUGUAAUGUACGGGCGCCCAAGUUCAACAUACAACCCUCCAGCCUACACCGGAAGUUACUCUGGGAACAAUGGGGGACCUGGUUUAGGAGCACGUCCUCCUUCAGACUUCACGCAGGCGGCUGCAGCUGCAGUAGCGGCCGCUGCUGCCACGGCAACUGCCACUGCUACAGCUACUGUUGCAGCCAUUCAAGAAAAACAGAAUCAAGAGCUGAGCUAUGGCCAGAUCGGUGGAGCACCCUCUUACAGCACCCAGUUCCUAUCUCAAUCUGGGCCCCGUGGUCCUCCUGGAAUGAAUCCUGGUGGGAUGAGUGCAAACAGACAUGGCCAUUCACCAUCCACUGGGGGUUUGUACCCCUCUCAUCAUGCACAGAUGCAGAAAAUGCCCCCACAUGGAAGCUAUUCAGGGGGACAGCAAGGGAUCAAAAGGCCUUUCCACUCCGAGGGUUUUACAGUGCAGCAAUAUGCCUCUGGGGGAAUGUCAUACCCUAACCAGCCUUUACAGUUUCCGCCUGGGCCUCAGCAGCGCUGUGCCCCCUCCCCGUCUUAUCCAUCCAGCCGCUUACCCCAUCUAGGACAGUACAACUCUGCAUCGCUCAACCCAGGACAGUUUCCCCCAGGAGCUGCCCAACCAAAUCCUCCACAGUAUUACAAGCCUGAACCUCUCAAUGGUCAAGGAAGCCAUCCACAGGGAGGGACUGGAGCAUAUAAUGCUUUCACACAAGCUGCCGUAAAUGGGCCAGGUAGGGGUGGAGUGAUGCUGGGAUAUCCCAAUUCACCUAUGGGUGGAAAUCCUACUCCACCGAUGACGCCAGGGACCACAAUGCCUUCAUAUCUUUCUCCAGGCCAGGAUACUAAACCUCCUUACCUACCCCCAGACUCUAAACCCAACAUCACAUCACAACAGGUCUCUACAGGGAACCCCAGUGAUGACCUGCGUUUGACCUUUCCUGUACGAGAUGGAAUAGUGUUAGAUCCUUUCAGACUGGAACACAACCUUGCUGUUAGUAAUCAUGCUUUUCAGCUUAGAGACUCUGUGUACAAAACACUCAUGAUGAGACCAGACUUGGAGUUACAGUUUAAAUGCUAUCAUCAUGAGGACAGACAAAUGAAUACUAACUGGCCAGCAUCUGUUCAAGUUAGCGUGAAUGCCACACCUUUGUCCAUUGAAAGAGGGGACAAUAAAACCUCCCACAAGCCCUUGUACCUUAAACAGGUGUGCCAGCCUGGACGCAACACCGUACAGAUCACUGUUACAGCUUGUUGCUGUUCCCAUUUGUUUGUGCUACAACUUGUCCACCGGCCGUCUGUCAGAUCCGUCCUACAAGGUCUGAUGAAAAAGAGGCUUUUGCCAGCGGAGCACUGCAUUGCUAAAAUAAAAAGAAAUUUCACUUCUGGAACUAUUCCUGGCACCCCUGGCCUGAACGGGGAGGAUGGAGUUGAGCAAACAGCUAUCAAAGUGUCUUUAAAAUGUCCAAUUACAUUCAGAAGGAUCCAGCUUCCAGCACGAGGCCAUGACUGCAGGCACAUACAGUGUUUUGACUUAGAAUCAUAUUUGCAACUAAACUGUGAAAGAGGGACCUGGAGAUGUCCUGUAUGCAAUAAAACAGCAUUGCUGGAAGGACUUGAGGUGGACCAAUACAUGCUUGGAAUACUUGUGUAUAUUCAAAAUUCGGACUAUGAGGAGAUUACCAUAGACCCGGUGUGUGGCUGGAGACCAGUACCUGUAAAACCAGAUCUCCAUAUAAAAGAGGAGCCUGACGGGCCUGUGCUGAAACGCUGCCGCACAGUCAGCCCCAGCCUCAUGGUUCUGCCUAAUGUUAUGGAAAUGAUCGCUGCUCUAGGGCCUGCAUCUUCGCCAUACCAGACCCUGACAGCAGGGGGCAGAUCAACUCCUGACUUCAACAGGCCAUCAAGCCAAGGAUUUAUCAGCCAAUCUGGAUUCUCAGACUUCCCCAACACACCUGGAACCCCAACAUUAGGAGAAUAUCCAACUUCAGGACCACCAUCAUCACUCACCUAUUCUUCUGACCCAGCUCCUCAUGCUGGGCGUAUCGAACACUCCCACAACAUGGGCCCAGGUGCCCAUGGUAACCAGGGCCAUGCUGACACAGGCAGCCCUCUGUCCCAGAGGACCAGUAGUACCCAGAACACACGACUACAGAGUGAGGGCUCUUUUGGGCUAGGAGGCCCAGUCACACCUGCAGGAGAUGGAGCAGACCAAACCCUUGAUUUUCUUCCAGAACUGACUAACCCAGAUGAGCUGCUGUCUUACUUGGGCCCCCCUGAUCUCCCAAAUAACAGCAGCGAUGACCUUCUGUCACUGUUUGAGAACAACUGACCGCACAAUCCACAGCUGGCCACAUGGCACACAUUACCUGGGCCCUUAACUCCGGCCCUGUGUGCGCAGGCAUAUAAGUGUAUAUUUAUGAGCAUGCACUGUAUGUUUGUACAUAUGUUUUGUGUUUUAUAUUCUUUGACUGUUUGCUCAUGUCCAUUCAGAAUCAUGUGUUGUUUUUACAGUCAAUGAUGCAGUAAGCACUGACAAUUCAAACCAGCAGUAUAAACUACAGCACAUGCAAAAGGAAUUGUAUUUUACUUAUUAUUUGAGAAAUUUACACAAAAUGUACCUAAAUACUAAUUGAGAAAAAGAAAGUGGAUUCCAUAUAUGUGCUUAAAUUUGUUGGGUUUGUACCAACCAUAUUUUUCUAACCCUUCACAAAUUUAGUUUACAGCAUCCUUGUGCACUGUGAUAGACUUUCUGUUUCCCUUUGAGGGCUUCAAGCAUAAUGUAACAUUUGGUACAGCUGUUGUGUUGUGGCAUUUUCUGCCAUUGGAAAGCUGUGUUCUAUUUAUUAGAUUUGAUAUGUGUAACCCAUCGUGGCACGGGUUUAUGUUAUGUAAAUCAAAUGUUUUCAUUAGAGAACGUGUGUAACAAAAGAUUAUAUUCAUUGAAAAUUUGUAUUAAUUUGAUAAUGAAUUGUCGAUGGAGGUGUAAAGUAUUGGUACACAACAGAGUUCAUACAAAUUGUAUGUGUCACGGUAAUUAUCACCUGACAAUAAAUAAUGCAUUUAGAUUUUUCUACAACUAACAUUUGGACUGAACCCCGUGGGGUCCAAGAUUGUUUGAAGAAGGCAGCAAUAAAUGUUUUUGACAAUUAAGCAAGGAAUAAUUGUGUUGGGAAUAGGCUACAUUAAUAUUUAAUUGCUAAUUCAUUGAAAUAUCUUUUAAAUAUUAUCUUGUAUAUAUUUUGUAACACAUUGAAAAUGCCAUUAUUUUAUAUUUAUUUUAAAUCAUAUUUGUCAUUGUACUUUUAUUUCUCUUUCCUAAAAAAUAUGAAUAAUAAAAGGAAUUUGUUUGAACACUGA